GCGCCAACAGAAGAAGAAGCCAGCACGCUGCGCAAGGUAGCUGACAAGAUUCCAAAGACGGCCUGGCUCCUUUGCAUUGUCGAAUUCUCCGAGCGUGCAUCUUACUAUGGAGUCAAAACAGUGUUCUCGAAUUUCAUGCAAUUCCCCCUGCCAGAAGGAGGCAAUGGCGCUGGCGCUCCAGCACGAGGAACUCAAGAUACUGCGGGAGCUCUAGGCCGAGGUCUACAAUUCUCGAAUGCCUUCGUGCUCCUAUUCGCAUUUCUGGCCUAUAUCAUUCCAAUCUUUGGAGCCUGGAUCGCAGACACCAAGCUCGGCCGCUUCAAGACCGUGGUAAUUGGGGUCGUCGUCUGCGGAGUAUCUCAUGUCAUCAUGGUCGUGGGUGCAAUUCCAUCGGUACUUCAGGCUGGAAAUGGCAUCGCCCCGUUUCUGAUCUCCUUCUUCUUGUUGGCUCUCGGCGCUGGUCUCUUCAAGCCAAAUGUGGCACCGAUAGUAUUGGACCAGUACGAGCAUCAAAAGCCAUACACGAAGACUCUUUCGGGAGGUGAGCGGGUGAUUGUCGACCCAGAAGUCACCGUGCAGAAGACGAUGUUGGUGUUCUAUGGUUUCAUCAAUGUCGGAGCGUUCUUCAUGAUCGCAACGUCUUACAGCGCAAAAUAUGUGGGCUUCUGGCUGGCCUAUCUUCUUCCCGGCAUAGUCUACUUCUUGCUCCCGGCUCUGCUCUGGUUUCUAUACCCACGCUUACAGAAAUACCCUCCGGAUGGCUCGGCGUUGACCAAGACAUUCAGGAUUAUUCGCGCAGCAUUCAAGCGCAGCAACGGCAAAUUCUGGAAGCACGAAACGUUCUGGUUGAACGUGAUGCCGAGCCAUCUUGAAGCUCAAGGCAUCACGACAAUCAACGGAAAAGCCUUAUCAUGGACCGACAAAGACGUCGACGACGUGCGACGAACGAUGGUGGCGUGUGCCAUCUUCCUCUACUACCCAAUCUACCAUCUCAACGAUGGAGGCAUUGGCUCUGUGUUGACGUCUCAAGGUAGCACGCUCACUACCAACGGCGCGCCUAACGAUCUCCUAAACAAUUUCAAUCCCAUCACUGUCAUUGUUGCCACUCCGCUGUUGUCAUACGUGGUCUACCCGGCGUUGCGAAGAAUGAAGAUCAAUUUCGGGAGAAUCAGUCGCAUUACCUUCGGAUUCAUCCUAGCGAUGAGUUCAAGUGUCAUUGGUGCGAUCAUUCAGUGGAGAAUUUACAAGACCUCUCCUUGUGGCUAUCAAGCAACCGAGUGUGACAUCGGAACUGGCGUUUCUCCCAUUCUCAUCUGGGUUCAAGUCCCGAUCCAGAUCUUGGGUGCGCUGAGCGAAUGCUUUUGUAACGUGACGGCCUACGAACUUGCGUAUGCCCGAUCACCAGACGGCAUGAGAUCGCUCGUCGUGGCACUUUUUCUCGCUACCACGGCGCUGUCCAACGCACUUGGCGAAAUCAUCUCGCCUGUGAUCAAGGAUCCAUACCUGAUAUGGAUCUGGGCCGGCCCUGCGAUCGCGUUAGCUCUACAGACUGUCAUCUUCUGGUUCAGAUACAGGAAGUUCAAUGACGAUGAGUACGUACCGCCACCUUGA